CCUUUCACAUUUCUCCUCAGCCAUGUUUCUCCGCUCUUCUUGCAAGGACCCAAUGCAGCUCUCAGAGCCCAACUAACCCAAGACCAGGUCAAGUUUGUAUUGGAGUUAAAUCACCUGUACAUUCUGGACUGUAUGUACUUGUAACUGGUUGUAUAUUUUUUAAAAGCCAUGUCCUGCUAGUGUUGUGUCAAACGCAGUUCUUUACACGACUCGUUUCACCCUAGUGCAAUCCUUGUUCAGUUUUUGUUCAUCCCAGAAGUCGGAUUGACCCCACUAACACUAACGAUUGGUAAGUCUUAAAAUUCACGACCUUGUUUCUAGUAUUGUUAUUUUGCAAAAUCUGUCUGAAAACAGAAUGCGUGGCGUCAUCAUAGUCUAAAGCUUAACUCAAGGGUGACAACUGACUUUAUGACGUCAUCAAAGUCCACAGCUUAACUCAAGGGCGAUCACUGAAUUUAUGACAUCAUCAUUUUCCAAAGCUCAACUCAAGGACGAUCUCUGAUUUCAUUACAUCAUCAGAGUCUAAAAACUUAACUCAAGGGCGAUCUCUGAAAUUAUGAUGUUAUCAUUUCCCAAAACUUAACUCAAGGGCGAUCUCUGAAUACACUACAUCAUCAGAGUCUAAAAACUUAACUCAAGGGCGAUCUCUGAAUUCAUUACGUCAUCAGAGUCUAAAACUUAACUUAAGGGCGAUCACUGAUGUGUGCAAUUUUUGCCUGAUGAUGCCAAGUCCACCCCCCCCCCCCCACCCAAACCUAUCAGAGUCUAAAAACUUAACUCCAGGGCGCUCUCUGAAUUGAUUACGUCAUCAGAGUCUAAAACUUAACUUAAGGGGGAUCACUGAUUUGUGCAAUUUUUGCCUGAUGAUGCCAAGUCCACCCCCCCCCCCCAACCAAAACUGGAUGAGGAUUUAAUGUUUGCAUUUGGCAUUCACUUGACUACGGCAUGCAAACAUAGGCCUCACUUUUGUGAGAGGAACAUAUGACUCAAACAGAACAAACAGACGGCCAGAGGUUGGUGUUGGUGCAAGUCAUAUUCAAAGCAUUGAAAGCCGUUACAUUACUUUUUGAAUUGCUUCAUGAAUAUUUUACAAACUUCAAAGCGACUUUUUUAAAAAAAUGCCCAUAUCUUAUUUAAGAGCGCAGAGUGUUGUAGAGUUGUACUGUCCUAACCAGGGGUAGAGUUGUGCUGUCUUAACCAGGGGUAGAGUUGUACUGUCUUAACCAGUGGUAGAGUUGUGCUGUCUUAACCAGUGGUAGAGUUGUGCUGUCCUAACCAGGGGUAGAGUUGUGCUGUCUUAACCAGGGGUAGAGUUGUGCUGUCUUAACCAGGGGUAGAGUUGUGCUGUCUUAACCAGGGGUAGAGUUGUGCUGUCUUAACCAGUGGUAGAGUUGUGCUGUCCUAACCAGGGGUAGAGUUGUGCUGUCUUAACCAGGGGUAGAGUUGUGCUGUCUUAACCAGGGGUAGAGUUGUGCUGUCUUAACCAGGGGUAGAGUUGUGCUGUCUUAACCAGUGGUAGAGUUGUGCUGUCCUAACCAGGGGUAGAGUUGUGCUGUCUUAACCAGGGGUAGAGUUGUGCUGUCUUAACCAGGGGUAGAGUUGUGCUGUCUUAACCAGGGGUAGAGUUGUACUGUCCUACCCAGCGAUCGGCACCAUUUUUGGUUAUGUUCUCUAAAAAUAAAGUACUUUAAAUUCGUGCAUCGUUCCGACUAUCUGUCAGUCUGCUUUGUGUGGCGCUAGGGUUAAAUGAAAACUUACAAUGGUUCUUUUGUAUGUUGUUUUCCGUAUGUCAUUGAAUACUACUACGCGUGCCAUGUCUUGCACGCGUGCCGUGGGUUGCGGGCUCCUUUUCCUACCAGGGUUUUGAUUCCAUUCUGUAGGGAAAUUGAUGUGGGGAAAGGGGAACAAUGGGAGGGGGGAUAUUUAGAGGGACAUUAAGACGAAAUAAAACUAUGACGUCAUUUGUCGGUACCAGACAAGCAGUUCUAUAAAUAGAUUAAGUGUCGAAUACAAAACUAGAAUUCCCGUAUCGUGAACACGUGCUUGCGAUUGUCUACGGUGAGCAGGUCCAGCCGUCAAAUCCAUCUACAUGUGUCGCAAUGUUUGCCGAAGAUUUCAUGGGAAGGAGGCGGGUUGAUAGUUUCGGUGAACAUCUUCGUGGUAUUGAUCACAACAAGCCGUCCCCGGUCUCAUCCCAUUGCAACGGAGAUGAACAAAGGAGUACAUCAUUGGUCUCCAUCGCGGCUCUAAAUUCUCGCACUAAAAUUCACCAUCGAGAGUGAAGAAUACAAACUAAUUAAUUCAGAUUUUUUUGCCGCCAUAACACCACAAGGCAUCAAUCAAAGACUUUCUAACCAUGGGUCCUACAUUGUACUUGAAUUAUAUUCUCAUUUAAUUUUUUUUUUUUUUUUGGUUUAAGAUCUUAAUAUUAACAUUGAUAAUUCUAAAAUUAUUUUACAUAUUGUAAUGUCCUUGGUAGUACACACCACAGAAUUAUAUGGUACGCAAUUUUUGGUUUUGGAAAAUUUAACUUCCGUUUAAAAAAAAAGAGCGCUUCCAUUUCUAAAAAAGACCGCUUCCGUUUAAAAAAAAGACCGCUUCCAUUUCUAACAAAAAGCGCUUCCCUCUUCAAUAACUGAGAUCUGACCCAUACGUUUUCAAAUUAAUGGGAGUCGCUUAGUCACUUCCUUGUUUGGUCACGUGAUAUGAGUAAGCCAUCACUAGGCUGCAACACACAACAAAAGAUACUUCAUCAGUGCUUCCCCAAUGUUAUGUUAAUUAAAAAUUUUACCUUUCGUAAUAUUAUGGAAUGCAAGCGUUUUUUAAAUUAAAUACAUAAAUGUGACAAUAAAUAUACGUCAGUUAUAAUUAAAGGAAGAAAGUUAUUUCAAGAAAAAUUUGUGAGCGAUAUUCGAUGGGAACUAUCAAUACUAUUAUCGGCAGGAUGUUGUUGAGCGCCGUGCGUGCUCAUGACGUCAUUUGCGUUUUUAUUCAAUAGUGAUGCAGGAGUCAUUCCCCUUUGUUUAUUUUAUUAUUAAUUUUCAUUGGACGAAAUGUAGUGUAGUUGUAGUGUGUAUCAGGCUACUGUUGUCAAGCACUAGUGUGUUGUAGACAGUAUACCGGAAAUCUUACUCGUUUUUACUCAUAUCACGUGACAAAAUAUUUGACUAAGCGACUCCCAUUCGAAAUUUGAUUGUGUUUCUUCUUUUGUCUUGUCUGCUGUAGAAGGCAUCUGACCGAAACAUUCAAUUCAAGCUCCAACAUAUGUUGCUCCAACUCUUUCCUCGACACGCAAUGAACGCAGCCCCUCAUAUGUGAUUCGCUCUAAAGAACUAAUCCAUUGCCUUCUUCACAAGACAGACAUAUAGCUCAUAUAUUUAUUGUGUAUGCAAUCUGAACAAACAUUAUUCAUUGCAAUCUGAACAAAUAUUAUACCAUUCAAUCUGAACAAACAUUAUUCAAUGCCAUCUGAACAAACAUUAUUCAAUGCGAUCUGAACAAACAUUAUUCAAUGCAAUCUGAACAAACAUUAUUCAAUGCGAUCUGAACAAACAUUAUUCAAUGCGAUCUGAACAAACAUUUUUCAAUGCAAUCUGAACAAACAUUAUUCAAUGCGAUCUGAACAAACAUUAUUCAAUGCGAUCUGAACAAAUAUUAUACCAUUCAAUCUGAACAAACAUUAUUCAAUGCGAUCUGAACAAACAUUAUUCAAUGUGAUCUGAACAAACAUUAUACCAUUCAAUCUGAACAAAUAUUAUACCAUUCAAUCUGAACAAAUAUUAUACCAUUCAAUCUGAACAAAUAUUAUACCAUUCAAUCUGAACAAAUAUUAUACCAUUCAAUCUGAACAAAUAUUAUACCAUUCAAUCUAAACAAAUAUUAUACCAUUCAAUCUGAACAAAUAUUAUACCAUUCAAUCUGAACAAAUAUUAUACCAUUCAAUCUGAACAAACAUUAUACAGUUUAAUCUGAACAAAUAUUAUACCAUUCAAUCUGAACAAAUAUUAUACCAUUCAAUCUGAACAAAUAUUAUACCAUUCAAUCUGAACAAAUAUUACACCAUUCAAUCUGAACAAAUAUUAUACCAUUCAAUCUGAACAAACAUUAUACAGUUUAAUCUGAAGAAGCACAGAGACGUCUUGUUUGAGUAGGCUUUACAACAUGUUCACCAUCAGCCUGAGUGUAGGACAGUGGCCUGAGUGUAGGACAGUGGCCUGAGUGUAGGACAGUGGCCUGAGUGUAGGACAGUGGCCUGAGUGUAGGACAGUGACCUGAGUGUAGGACAGUGGCCUGAGUGUAGGACAGUGUCCUGAGUGUAGGACAGUGGCCUGAGUGUAGAACAGUAGCCUGAGUUUUAAGACUGGCGCCUUGUUUACCCCUGUAGUAGCAUUACCCUUUACAGAAGCACAUUGUAUAUACUAUAUAUAUGGAAUAAAAUUUUGUUUUAAACCCCCUUCCCCCCCCCCCUUUUCCCUCAACUUCUGAUAGGGUCACGUUGACCUUCUCCUAAAACUUGUCAUAAAUCAAUUGUAGAAGAUACUGAGCGUACUCCGAUCUCAUAAAAUUACUUAUCUAUCAACCAUGUACCCGAUCCGAUGAUAAAAUAUUCUUUACAAGAACCCUAUUCGAUCUAGAGUCUAGAGAAUUGAUCAAGCUUAGCAAUGUGCCCACGUAUUAGUAUUAGAUCGUGUUGAAUUCAUCGUCCCACAUGUAUCAAGAGUCUUGGGCGUUGACUGUUAGCCACAAAACAAAUAUGUAAUUUUCAUGCUGAACAAAUUAGUUCAAGACUCUGGGAUACAAAACAAAUAUGUAAUUUUCAUGCUGAACAAAUUAGUUCAAGACUCUGGGAUGGAGAAAUUUUCUGGCCAGCCCACAUCGAAUGAUAGUUCUCAUGAUUGAAAUGUCUCAGUGUCGUAGCUUUUCGGUGGGCCCAGUUUUGUGCCGCAAUCCCCAAGAAAAGUUCUUAAGUUGGCCCAAUAAUGCCGCUCCUUUGUGUAUAAAAAAAGGGGGCGCCAUGGAGCAACGCAGACUCCGCCCCCCCCCUUCCUAUGCUAUUGUGUCUACCCAUCCCCCUUCCUAUGCUAGUGUGUCUACCCACCCCUCUUCCUAUGCUAGUGUGUCUACCCAUCCCCCUUCCUAUGCUAGUGUGUCUUCCCAUCCCCCUUCCUAUGCUAGUGUGUCUACCCACCCCCUUCCUAUGCUAGUGUGUCUACCCAUCCCCCUUCCUAUGUUAGUGUGUCUACCCAUCCCCCUUCCUAUGCUAGUGUGUCUACCCACCCCCCUUCCUAUGCUAGUGUGUCUACCCAUCCCCCUUCCUAUGUUAGUGUGUCUACCCAUCCCCCUUCCUAUGCUAGUGUGUCUACCCAUCCCCCUUCCUAUGCUAGUGUGUCUACCCAUCCCCCUCUUUUUCCGGUUUUUGGCCUGGUGUACAAUUUUUAAAACAAAAAAAAAACGAGUUACCAUGUUUACCAUGUCAAGACGAUCACAUUUUGUGAAUGGAAAUGUCUGACCUAUUGAAAUGUCCACCGUAGGACACACCACGUGACUCACUACCAGGCACAGAGCUCCCCGUCAAUUAAGGUUGUUGAUUCAAGACAUUGAGGAUUCAAAAUAAUAUGUAAAUAAGUACAUAAACUUUCAAAAAAAGAAUUUCUUUCAAAAACGCACUAAAAUAUAGGAUAUAAUUAUAAUGUUCUUCCAUUUUGUAGAUGCAUAACCGCUAUGCCGCUAUCAGUGAUAGCGCAAAGAAAGUCUGUGCAGAAGGAUAACAUGGCUCUGUAGGAAGCCGAAUGUUUCGAAUAGAAUGUAGAAGAAAUUCAAAUAGGUUGCUUUGUAUUCAUUUUUAAACAUCUCUUCUCCUAACACUUUCUUUACUUUAAUUAAUAUAUAGUAGAAAUGUCAAAAAAUAUGUGUUGUCUUUUUUUUUAAGAAAGUCCUCUCUUUUAACAAAAAAAAUAUUCUUGUUAGUACCAACAUUUGAUCUAUUUUAAUAUUAACCCCAGGUCAAAGGCCAUUGGUUCAAAUUAUAUUACUUAACCAAAAUUUUAAAAAAUAAAUAAAAUUAGCAGCGAAAAAAAUCACACGAGAUGCUUGGACUAGAGCUUCAGAAAAGUAUUUUUAAAAAAAUAUUAAUAAUUUAAAAAAAAAAAAUUACGUCCAGAAAUCUUGUUGGCCCGAACGAUGGGGAGAUGGACACACAACAGGACACGGACAACAGGACACACACAACAGGACAACUUGCUGGACAUUCGGAUUCCAAAGCAGCGUUCGGAUUUCGAGUCAAAAUUUGCUCGACUUUUACGUUCUGAUUCCAAGUUGUUCAAGUUCAAGGGCGUUCGGAUUCAGGGGCACCACUGUACUGGUUUUUUUUGUUGGGGGGGGGGGGGGGGGUGAGGUGAGGGUCGUUUCUCUGAACAUCGAGCUGCACUGCGGUUCUGACUUUUAAGGCUUGGCGUUAGAUGAUCAAUAGUAUCAUUGACGUCAAAUAACACACAAUACAGUAUUUGGAAUGGAAUCAAUCAAAAUCUUUAUUUCUAUGAAGGUCCCGUGUUUAAUCAUUGAAGAUUCCUUCAGUUUGUAUUCGAUGACCACACAAACAAAAUAACCACCACUUCAAGGGUUAUAGUCCUAAACAUUCUGGUCCAAUAACGAAAGCGCCAACUGAGGAGAAAUGUAUUUACAAUGGCGCUCUCUUCACACUCAAGACGAAAAUGUUCUCACUGCACUAUAUCAACAAAUUAGUGACAGGCUCUUCUUGGCCCCAAAGAGUGGCAGGGUCCGGGAUGAAUUCAUCUGAGCCACGCCAGGUCUCGCUUGAUCCCUUUCACAGGCUUACCACUUAACCAAGGACACUUCUUUUUUUGGAAAAAAAGGGGGGGGGGCUGUAUUGGUAGGUCAGGGCUUCUCAACAUUUAUAAUGACCUAGACAUCCCACGAUUUAAAAACCUAGCCUCUGACACGCCUCGGAGAGUUUGACUUAGUCUACUCCCUAACAAAAAUAACACUGCAUUUCAAUAGCACAAAAGAAAGACUUGUCAUUUGUUUAUUGAAUUACAAAGGCAUGUAAGGCAGGAGAAAAUAAACACGUGACCAUAUUUCCGCUACAAUUCCCCCCUCCCUACCACAGCUUGAGAAACCCUGGUGAAGGCCAACACUCUUCGAUCAUCUUCAGUGCUCCAUUUCAAAGAUGACAUCCAUAUUUUCUUUAUAGUGCGUGCGACUUCAUGUAUGCACCGAUAUGCAGAGUGUACAUUGGGGGGGGGGGGGGGCGGAGGGGGUUUGACUUCAUGUAUGUACCGAUAUGCAGAGUGUACAUUGGGGGGGGGGAGGCGGAGGGGGGUUUCUUUGGUCUUAAGAAACGUUUCGUAGAUGGUAGGAAGAUACAGAGAGUAUCUGGACAGUGAAACGAGAAAGGUGUGUCUAACAACACUUGGAUGUACGCCGUGUGGGGAGCAGGAUGACAUGAGCGAGAUCUCCUAGAUGGAGACCAAUUACAAAGGGAUACAUUUAGCUAUUGAUAGAAUGAUGAAUUUUUCUAUUGAUAUUGAUAAAAAUGAUGAAUUUAGCUAUAAAUAUUGAUGAAAUAUGAAAUGAUCAACUUAGCUAUAGAUAUUGAUAACAUGAAGAAUUUAGCUAUAGAUAUUGAUAAAAUGAUGAAUUUAACUAUAUAUAUUAAUAAGAUAAUAAAUUUUGCCAUACAUAUUGAUGAAAUGAUGAAUUUAGCUAUAGAUAUUGAAAACAUUAUGAAUUUAGCUAUAUAUAUUGAUAACAUGAUGAAUUUAGCUAUAGAUAUUGAUGAAAUGAUUAAUUUACCUAUGGGCCACGUCCAAAUUUUUGUAAAACAGGGUAGCUUGCCCGUGGUUGCCGCCAACUCUUACCUCUUUGGGUUGGUUCCAAAACCAUGUUGGUUGUUUCUAGACUCGAUUCCAGUGUGUCAAGUAGGGUUGUUUAAAACAGAGCCAAUGGUAGAGUUUUAAAAAUGAAAUGUAUACUUUUACUCUGAGUAAUUUCUUUCCUCUCAAUUCACGGUGACGUCAUCCGAUCCAUGUUUACUCAGCCAAACCAUGACAACAAGAACUCAAACGAAAGCGGAAAUGAUAUUCAUCAACCCAAUGUAGGAGGCCUACUCUUUUCUCCCCGAAAAAAAAAUAAAAAUUGUACGUGAUCGUACUUAAAAGCUAUUGAUACAAUGAUGAAUUGGAGAGGCAUGGCUUAACGAGCUCUAUGUGAGCCACUGGUUCAACUAAAAGAUGGCAUUAGAUAGGGUUGAUGGAUAUUUGUGGACGAUUGAUUAAGAUGAAAUAUGAACUAAGAGAUCGUGAUAGAGAGUCCGAAACCAAAGUACAAGAAGAACAUUUGGCAAGAUAUUGGAAUGGAAAAAAAUGGGGUGGGUGAGGUUGGGGGGGGGGGCAUCAGUUCAAAGUACAAGAAGAAAAUUUGGCAAUAUAUUGGAAUGGAAAAAAAUGGGGUGGGUGAGGUGGGGGGGGGGCAUCAGUUCAAAGUACAAGAAGAACAUUUGGCAAUAUAUUGGAAUGGAAAAAAAAUGGGGUGGGUGAGGUUGGGGGGGGGGCAUCAGUUCAUUCCGUUUUGUUUAAAGACAAUUUAUGCCGUACACUUCCUUGUGUCCAGCUCGUCAAUCUAGAUGACUCAGUACUAUACAUCAUCCGAAUGAUGUCGUGGCUGGUCGUGUGACUUGGCCAGUGACGUACAUCCAGGCAUGCUUAAUCCCUCGCCCAACCGAGCAUCUCUGCAGACCUCAUUCUGCGUCAUGCUUUCAUAUUUUCUUCUUUAGAAUUAAUUUUUUGUUAUUGAAAUUAAUAUUAAAAUGACCAGUUGAGAUAAGGUAAGAUAAGUUAAAACUUAUGUAGCCUGUAGGAAGUACUGACGAUGUAGCCUGUAGGAAGUACUGACGAUCUAGCCUGUAGGAAGUACUGACGAUGUAGCCUGUAGGAAGUACGGACGAUCUAGCCUGUAGGAAGUACUGACGAUGUAGCCUGUAGGAAGUACUGACGAUGUAGAUUGUAGGAAGUACUGACGAUGUAGAUUGUAGGAAGUACUGACGAUGUAGAUUGUAGGAAGUAUUGACGAUGUAGAUUGUAGGAAGUACUGACGAUGUAGCCUGUAGGAAGUACUGACGAUGUAGCCUGUAGGAAGUACUGACGAUGUAGAUUGUAGGAAGUACUGACGAUGUAGAUUGUAGGAAGUACUGACGAUGUAGAUUGUAGGAAGUACUGACGAUGUAGAUUGUAGGAAGUACUGACGAUGUAGAUUGUAGGAAGUAUUGACGAUGUAGCCUGUAGGAAGUACUGACGAUGUAGAUUGUAGGAAGUACUGACGAUGUAGCCUGUAGGAAGUAUUGACGAUGUAGCCUGUAGGAAGUACUGACGAUGUAGAUUGUAGGAAGUACUGACGAUGUAGCCUGUAGGAAGUACUGACGAUGUAGAUUGUAGGAAGUACUGACGAUGUAGAUUGUAGGAAGUACUGACGAUGUAGCCUGUAGGAAGUACUGACGAUGUAGAUUGUAGGAAGUACUGACGAUGUAGCCUGUAGGAAGUACGGACGAUCUAGCCUGUAGGAAGUACUGACGAUGUAGCCUGUAGGAAGUACGGACGAUCUAGCCUGUAGGAAGUACUGAGAACAGCUCCGAGACGGUUUCUUCAAUAUUUCUUCAACAACUGUAUUGUUUGUCAACACUGUGUCCCCUCCCCCAUGCCCCUUCCCGCUCAUCUCCAAUUUCGAUUCUCUGGUAUUUGGUAUGUAAACAAAUGCUCAUAAAUGUUCAAGACAGAGUUUACUUUGAUUGAGCAACGUCACCCAAUAAACCACCCUACACAGUAUUUAUAGUUAUACCCAUUACUAACUUGUAUCAUUUGUUUAUGUUGAUUUCCGUCCAGCAGGAAGCUGAGAAAAAGGAAUCCGUUCAACUAGCUGUCGAGUCCUUCAAGUUACCAUCGCACAAACGUAUCAAGAGGAGACUACACAGCCAUGCUGUCUCGGAUGUUGACAUUCUUGACGGCGGUUGCCUUGGUUACAGUGAUACACGCAUCCCAACCAGAUUGUAUGUCUUAUUUUUUAUUUUUUUUUUGUGUUUAGAAAUACAAGGUUAAUAUAUCAGGAACUGCUUUGAAGCCGUUUGAAGGAAACAGUAGAGCAGGAGAUGGCACAGCGUGAACUUUUUUUUUUCCCCCUUCACUCUUUCGCAAAUCCUGUUCGAAUUUUUCCUGAAAAAUACAAUCAUGCUAUAGUUCAAACUAGUGUAGUUAACAAUAUGGCCACUUUCGUGAAUAUAUCUCAGAAUGCAGCGCUAUAAGUUAUACGUUUAAACAAUACAAUUUCUUUCUGUACCGUGUUUAGAGAAAGUCCACAGACCUGCCUUCCAGUACGAGUUGUGCGCAUGAGUUACGCUUUAAACAAAAAAAAAAUUAAUUCAAAAAUAUUAUUUCAAACAUAAAAUUAUACAAAUUUCAGGUAAAUUUAAAAUUUUUUAAAUUUAUUUUGUCUUUCUGAAAAAUGUCUGCUGAAUUUCUUAUAAGUUGCGCCCUUUCAUCAAUUUUACUUUAUGCAUUGUUCUUUCUGAUUGGUUCUUCUUAUUCAUUAAUAAUCUGAGGCCCAAUUAGGGUUACCGUGAUAACUAAAAAAUACAAAUUACACUAAAUGAAAUCAAUUAAAACAACGAUUACCCCAUGUGGACCCCAUUUAGCUAUGUCCUGCCGUACUUUUGAUAUUAAGACCGUCAGAGCCGUCGCGUGGGCGGCUGCUUAUAUUUAAGGGGACCAAAGUUGUAAUGUCCAGAAAAAUAAACAUAAAUAUAUUCACUUUCAAUGGAAACAAAAAGGGUUGGCCACAAAACGGAAAAGUUGCAGGCAGUUGCAGAUCUGGGAUUGUGCCGCCCAAUGCAGAGAGCAUUUUCGCUGCUUCCCUUCAACGGAAAAAAACAAAAAAAAAAACAAAAAAAAAAAAAACAAAAACCGGGAGGUUGAAAAAAAAUAAAACAUUAAAAAAAAAAAAAAAAAAAAAAAAAAAAAAAAACAACAACUCGGUAGUUGGAACAAAAUUCGCCCUUCGAUCUAAAAAAAAAGGGCCCUUUUCUAUGCCACUGGUUGCAGGGGUUUUCUAAAACUGAUGCGACUGCUCUGUUGGAAACACAGAGUCGCUUUUCUUUAGGGUUCAAUUCAAAAAAAAAAAAAAAAUAGUUUAAACUAAAAUUAAAAAAAAAAAAUAGAGGCGGACGGGGUUAUAUAAAAAUUAGAAUGUCAAGGACAUCUCUCAAAUUACGUCAUGUCACGCGAGCUCCUCUCUCUCUCUCUCUCUCUCUCUCUCUCUCUCUCUCUCUCUCUCUCUCUCUCUCUCUCUCUCUCUCUAUUUUUUGUUCUCGAGUUCUUUAUUUAAUUUUUUUUUUAAUUUCAAAAUGUGAAUAUAAAUGAACAAAAAAAUGAAACCCCUAGAAUUGCGAAUGAAAAGGGGUACAGCGGGGUGGGUGUCCCUGAUGGGAAUCCACGGAGAUGUAAAUACAGCUCCGAUAUGUGACGUAAUUCAAAGGAAAGCCCACCUGACUACUUUAAAUCAUUCUAUUCAACAGACUGCAGAUUGGAGUCUGUGACCGGACCGUGUCGAGCCUCAUUCACUCGCUACUACUUCGACACACGCACCCAAGAAUGCAAGGAGUUUGUUUACGGCGGUUGCCAGGGCAACGCCAACAACUUCGAGACGCUGGCGCAGUGCAAGGCCGCGUGCGUCUGCACCCAGGACGCCAGCUCCGGAGACAACUGCGGCAAGCGCUUGUGGCGGUACUACUACGACUCUAAUCUCGGCACCUGCUCACUUCUCAACUACACCGGAUGCGGUGGCAACAGCAAUAUGUUCACGCGCCACCGAGACUGUCUGGACGCGUGCGUGACGGCCGGCUGCUUCUUCCCGCCAGAUACGGGACGGUGUCGCGCGUCGCUUACUCGUUAUUUCUACAACAGGACCAGCCAAACGUGUGACACGUUCAUCUACGGAGGCUGCGAUGGCAACCCGAACCGGUUCACCACCUUGGAGGAAUGUAACACCGCAUGCACGACGCGCAUCUCGGCGGAAGUGACUCUGAUCAAUGGCGGGAGCCCGACGCCAGAGGUCAAUGCAACCGGAAGUGAAGACGGAAAUUGGAUUUGUUCACUGCCUAAAGUCACGGGAUUGUGCAAGGCAGCGUUCCCCAGGUUUUACUACAACUCGUCUGCCAAGGCAUGCGAGGAGUUCACGUACGGGGGUUGCCAAGGGAACGAGAAUAACUUUGCCACCCACGACGAGUGUACGAGUGCCUGCAGCCCGGAGGUCAAGGCCAAGGCUCUGCCACGCUCGACUCGGGCCGCGGUGACGGAAGAGGACUGUCGUCUGCCACCAGACAGCGGUCUGUGCUACGGAUACUUCCCGUCAUUCUACUACAACAGCGCCAAAGGUACGUGUGGGCAGUUUAUUUACGGUGGUUGCCAGGGCAACAAAAACCGAUUCUCAUCCGAACAAGAUUGCCUCAACGCCUGCAAGAGAAACUACAAGCCGCCCAAAAGCUCGACAACUUCUAAUAUUUUUCUGGAUGCCCUGAACACAUUUCGACGCAUCUUUGGGUUGCCUCUCCUCCCAGCCGGAAGUAAGAAUGACCACAGCCGACCAAGCAUCUGUCAACUUCCGGCGGAUGUUGGAUUUUGCCGGGCAUAUAUCCCGAGCUUCUUCUAUAAUUCAAAGUCUAAACGCUGCGAGAAGUUUAUUUAUGGCGGUUGCGAUGGCAACGACAACCGAUUCAGCACAGAAGCCGAGUGUGAACGGAAGUGCAGUGAAGAGUAAUGGUAAUACUCCAGUACCGCCAGCCAGCACAAAGUACUGAACUUAAUCUAAUGGACCUACGUGGUCUUGGAAUGAGACUAAGUAAAAAUACAAAUAUUUAGUUCGAUUUGAAAAUGUUGGAGAGAAGUUAUAAAAAAAUCAUGGACAAAGAGGUAAAAAGAUGUAUAGUAACCUUGGUUGUGGAUGAUCGUGGGUUAAAAAUCAUCCUUAUUUCACUAGCUGUAUUCCUGCUUAGAUACAAGUAUUUAUUUAUUUGUUUAUUUUUAUUUUUUUAGAACUAUAAAUGGUUGUUAUAAAGGAAUAGUUUAAGUCAGGCUUGACUGAAAAAAAUUUGUUCAAGUAUUUUUGUUGUUGUAACUAAAUAAAAUAGCAGUAACCCAAAUGUCAUAGAAUGUAUUCAAGUAGGCUACAGGAAACAUUGAUAACAGAGGUAAAUAUUAAAUUAAACAACUUGUCCUGAUAACAGAGGUAAAUAUUAAAUUAAAUAACUUGUCCUGAUAACAGAGGUAAAUAUUAAAUUAAACAACUUGUCCUGAUAACAGAGGUAAAUAUUAAAU